AUGGGCAGAUCUGAGAUAGAAUCUUGGAUAGCUUCCACUCGCUACUCAACAGCCGAUGACGAAGAUUCGACCUCGGGCGGUCCGAGGUGGCGACGAGAAAACAUCUUGGCCGACUGGUCCUGCUCUAUGCUUACCGCACAAACGAAGCUCUUCACAAGUAGCACCAAAUCACGGGUGCAGUUUCUCAGAGAGGAGCUGCUUGUGCUUGCAAAACAUGGAGAUCUCAGCCUCUCUCAGAUGAUGGACAUCUUCAAACUUCUUACCUCAACUUACCCUCGUUAUGUCGAUGCGGAUUCCCGUGAAGCAGUUGAGGCUGUGGGCAUGGCGCUGGUCAGGAGGGACGAGUUGCGCGGCACAUCACAAGGCGAGCCGAAUGAGCAAAAGUUUGGCGUAGUGGAACAGGUUCUGGGUUGGAUGUCGCAGGAGGUUGGGCGAAUCCAGAAGCGUCCGAGCUCCACCGCAGCUGCGGACAUGUUUGUGCUUCACAGCUGGUGCUGUGGGCUAUACGUUACAUGCCUUGGUUGCAACCCGGAUUUCCCCUCGGAUCGCACUUGGCCUGUCUUACUCGGUGUUAUGGCAUCUCUUCUGGAUAUGUUACUCGACCCUUCCACUGGUAGCAAGAAUUCCCUGCAAAAGAGUGCGCUUGUUCGGACAAGACGUGCCUUUCGACAGAGCCCGGAAACCAUCCCAAUUGUCAUCAAAACCCUCCUGAGCUUUACGAAGACCCUGCCGUCUCCGCUAGCGGCUGUGCCGCUAAUUGGCACUGCCAUCAGUGUCCUGCUACGACUGAAGAUCGUCAAGGAUGAGAAGCUGAAGCAGAUCGAUCCGGCGACCAAGAGCGAUAUCAUACAACUGUACGCCACUGCUGUGUUGAUGUCGAGGACGCCUGUCUCCUCGCACAUAUCCGCUGCGCUCCACGAUUUUGUUCAUUCGUCGGUAACGCCGGAAGAUUUCACCGGAACCAUUCUUCCUACUAUGGAGAAGGCCCUUCUGCGGUCACCGGAGAUCACGCUUAGCGUGAUCGCGGAUUUCCUGCCUGCAUAUGCUCAUGCUGUAGAAGGUGACGCGUUCCGUCGUUUGCUCACACCCGCACUGAACAGCGCGAAGUCUUCGAACCACAUCGUUCGGGCGAGCUCAAUAUCCUUGUUCAAAGUGCUUGUACAACGCACUCAGGCCCCGGCUGAUCUCGAGCAUACCGCGAAUGAGCUCCUCAGUCUACCCAAGGUCGGUAAGACCGCCGGCUCAGACCAUCGAUUGACGCUCUACACGAUGCUCGGAGCUGUUCCGCCCGGCGCGGUCUCUGCUUCUAUUGUCGAGACGUCUCUACCCUUGCUGGCGAAGGAGAGCCACGACGGGUCUGUGUCUGUGCUCGCGGCGUCGCUAUCUCCGCACCUCGUUGCGUGCCUCAAGUCGGACGCUGCGCUUCCUGGCAUCUCGAAUUCGGUAGCUGCGAAAGAGAUGUUAAACAGCAAGCCCGUGAUUCGACGGGCGUUCUGCUCUCUUGUCGGCAAUGCGCUCUGGGAGCUUGGGGGCCUCGAGUUUCCUUCUGCGCUUGAGUUCGCAAAGGCAGUCGUGCCGUCCCUCGAAACGAACCUGAAGGCUGUUGCGGCUAAUCCUACUGGCACGGCAGCAGGCCCGCUCGAAGGAUAUGUCGCUGCAGCAAUCCUUCUUGGGCCUCUCUCGCAUAUGAAACAAUUUGAUAGCAUCAUUUCGGGCAACGUGACCCUCCAGUCGCUAUACGUGGCGAGUCCCAAACCAUCAUUCCUCUUGUGGGAGAGGGUCUACCAGAAGCUAGGCUCUGAGGAGGAGGAGACGUGGCUGCUUCGAGCCGCGGAAGCGGUCCUUAAGUUCUUCAGAGACGAAUUUCUCAAACAGGAACAAUCUCGGACAAUGCUGGGAUCCGUCUUUCUCCAUCUAGCCGUCGAGAGCUCAUCGCCGCAAGUUCGACGUGCGGCCCUAAGCACGAUUGAACGCCUUGCCGGUGCGCUGCCAGAACACAUCAACCUCGCUGCGCUUGAAGCAGCGUCCGCAUACCUAUCGAAGGAGAAGGCACAGACGAAGGUAGCCGCGUCGGAUGAACAAGAUCUUUCCUCGAACAAAGAGGCCCGUCUUCCGACCUUCAUGCUUGCGUAUGCUGCCUUUGCCGAGGACUACCCCUUGGAUAUCAAGCAACGACUACUCUGGGAUUGGGUCCUCGUCGCGCACCAUCCCGGGCGAUCCGGUACCAUCCGCCCGGUCUGGAUCGAGCUUUGCCAAAAGGCGCGUGUUGACCCUCACGAGCUCGUCUCCGCGCACACCGACGCGAUCUUGGAUAAAGUCUUCAGCGCAAUCGACGCCUCAGCGAAGCCACUUCCAGGCUUCGCUGAAGCUGGCUACAGGGCGAUCACCACACUGGCCUUCGUCGCUCCGGAAGCCGUCCUGCCGAAGGUGGUCGAGAAGAUAGGUGCUGACAUAAAGGCAGAUGACGUCCAAAGGUUGACAGACGAGGACCUUGGCAUCUGGGGCACUCCCGAGGGCCAGACUUAUAUUGAUGUACUCUCGAACAAGAAGGAAGAAGCGCCACAGAAGAAGGGCAAGGGUUACAAGGACGCACAGUGGGAGGCCGAACUGCGCAGGUCGCUUGCGAACAAGAAGGCGGCAACUACCACCACGCUUAGCAAACAGGACCAGGCGCUCGUCCAGGCUCAGCUCGAGAAGGAGGCUGUUGUGCGGCAACGCGUCAACGGCAUCAAGGCCAAACUUGAACAGGGCCUGCACCUCAUUCGAAGCUUAGUGCUCGCCCACGUUGAGCAGCUUCGGACGUUCAUAUCACCUCUCGCGACUUUGUUGCGCGAAGGAGCUUUCGGGAAGGCCGUUACGCUCGUUGGGCAUGCUUCAUUCGAUACUUACUUGCUGCUCUCGGAGUGCACUUCGGACCGUCUAGAAUCUUACAGGAAGUGGGUCGGCGUUGCAACCCUUAGAAGCUCUGAGGUCGAUGGCGUUCCGGACGACUUCACUAUUGAACCCCUCAACUCGCUCGUUAUUCGAGUCCUCUACCGACUCCGCACUCUGUCUGAGCAGACUCCCUUUGAUGCUGCGACAUUCGGGUAUGCAUCACCGCUUCUCAGCCAAGUCCUCGUGAAGGGUGGCAUCGCCAUCGGUGAGGAAGACGACCCUCUUGAGCAGAUUGCCUUGUCCCUAGACAUCAUCAAGUUCCACUGCGGCGGGUUCUCGGAUGUUGCUUUUCCUCGCACGAGCACGGUUCGCGACCUCAUACACACCAUUCGGAACCAGCCGAAGCUCGCCAAGGAUGCGAAUUCUGCACUUGUCGACAUCGGGCAGGCCAUGCAAGAGAAUGCCACACAUGAAGAGACUGGCGAGCUCCUCCGCGGCACGCUGUACCAAGAAGUUUACGUGAGGACUUCCUGUCUGCAGACCUUGCAGCCGUUUGACCUUACCGACUACGACUGGUCUCCCGAGCUUUGGAUUUCUUGCCACGAUGAGGAUGAACAAAAUGCUCGUCUUGCCAAUCAACUCUGGGAAGACAACGGGCUUGACGUUCCGGAGACGUUCUUGCAGGAUCUUCUCCCAUACUUGGAGCACGACAACGCUUAUGUCCGGUUGUCAUCGGCGUCUGCUCUGGCCAACGCCGUCAUCGAGUACUGGCCAACAUCUAUCAGCAAGGUUCUCUCGGCAUUGCAAGACUUCUACCGUGAGAAGGCCCAAGUCCUCGCGCCUGAAUUUGAUCAAUAUGGUAUGCUCGUCGCGUCGAGUGUGGGUCGAUCGGAUCCUUGGCCCGCACGAGUGGCGCUCGCCCAUACCAUCGAGCUGCUUGCUCCAGCGUUCACCCCCGACGACGUGGAGCCCUUCUUCAGGUUCUUGAUCCAGGACAAGGCGCUCGGCGAUCGUCAUUCAGACGUCCGUCGUAGUAUGCUCCGUUGUGGCACCACAGUAACCGACCUUCAUGGGUCGACUCGUCUGCCUGAGCUCGUCGCUAUGUUCGAAUCGGAGCUUGCCAGCACGGGUGCCGGGACCGAAGAGUCCGACCACAUCAAGGAGGCUGUCGUCAUUCUGAUUGGUCGUAUCGCCAGACAUCUGGACCCAUCCGACGCUCGUCUGCCUGCCAUUGUUGAGAGGUUGGUUGGGGCUCUUAGGACUCCUGCCGAGCAGGUUCAGAUGGCCGUGUCGGAGUGUCUGUCGCCUUUGGUCAUAUUAUCCAAGUCUCCUUCUCAGCUCAUUGACCGCCUUCUGGACGAGCUGUGUAACUCCCCGUCUUACGCUGCUCGCCGUGGAGCUGCAUAUGGCCUCGCUGGUGUCGUCAAGGGAUUGGGUAUCUCUGCUAUCAAGGAAUAUAAGAUCAUGGACCGGCUUCGUGAAGCAACCGACGACAAGACACGGUUUGAGCCCCGCCAGGGAGCAAUGUUCGCCUUCGAGACCUUCGCGAGCACUCUGGGACGUCUAUUCGAGCCAUACGUCAUUCAUGUUCUUCCUCUACUACUCACCUCUUUUGGCGAUGGUACUCCUGACGUCCGCGAAGCAACUCAAGACACUGCCCGUGUUAUCAUGGCCAACAUGUCAGGAUAUGGGCUCAAGACGGUCCUUCCCUCGCUACUCUCCGGUCUAGAUGAGAAGCAGUGGCGCACAAAGAAGGGGUCCAUUGAGCUCCUCGGUAUGAUGGCGUACUGUGCUCCCAAGCAGCUUUCUCAAUCUUUGCCAAUUGUCAUCCCCCGUCUAACGGGAGUCUUGACGGACUCUCAUGCGCAGGUCCGUGCUGCUGCGAACAAGUCCCUCAAGCAGUUUGGCGAGGUCAUCAGCAACCCGGAGAUCCAGUCCCUUGUUCCUGUCUUCCUCAAGGCCAUGGUCGAUCCUGCCAAGACGCCUAACGCUCUGUCUGCGCUGAUCAAGACCUCCUUUAUGCAUUAUAUCGAUCACUCCUCGUUGGCUCUUGUCAUACCAAUCAUUGAACGUGGUCUUCGAGAACGUAGUGCUGAUACCAAAAAGAAGGCUGCUCAGAUCGUGGGCAAUCUCGCGUCGCUCACUGAUUCCAAGGACUUCGUUCCUUAUCUUUCCCGCCUCCUUCCCAUGGUUCACGUUGUUCUAGUAGACCCUGUACCGGAGGCAAGAGCAACGGCGGCAAAGGCUCUCGGUACCCUGGUCGAGCGACUUGGCGAAGUGAACUUCCCGGAUCUCGUUCCUGGUCUGCUGCGCACUCUCAAGACAGAUACCUCCGGUGUAGAUCGGCAAGGAGCGGCUCAGGGUCUCUCUGAGGUGUUGGCAGGUCUUGGGAUGGAGCGCAUGGAGGGCCUUCUCCCCGACAUCAUAACAAAUGCGCAGUCCCCUCGCAGUACAGUCAGAGAAGGCUUCAUGUCCCUGCUCGUCUUCCUUCCUGCUACGUUCGGAGCACGUUUCCAACCUCACCUUCCCAAGAUCAUUCCUCCGAUUCUCAGUGGUCUCUCCGACUCCGACGAUUAUGUACGGGAGGCUGCGAUGCGUGCAGGUCGUAUGGUUGUCACGAACUAUUCUAGCAAGGCGAUCGACCUCCUCCUCCCCGAGCUGGAGCGUGGUAUGUUCGAUGCUGGAUGGCGCAUUCGGCAAUCCUCCAUCACGCUGGUCGGAGAGUUGUUGUUCAAAGUGUCGGGUAUCAGUGGCAAGGCGGAGAUCGAAGAGGACGAAGAGACAGAAGAAACAGCGUUGGCGGAGUCCUCUCGCAAGGCCCUCGUGGAUGUCCUGGGUGUCUCCCGUCGCGAUCGUAUCCUGGCCGCUCUAUACUUGGCUCGCCAAGACGCUGUGAAUGUUGUACGCCAGUCGUCUGCUCACAUUUGGAAAGCAUUGGUGCACAACACACCAAGGACUGUUCGCGAGAUCUUGCCGGAACUCGUCAGGCAAAUCAUAUUUUUGCUCACAAGUGACGAGGGCGAUCAAGCAGAGACCGCUGCUCGUACAGUCACAGAAAUCUGCAGGAAGUCGGGAGAGAAGGUCUUGUCAGAACUGGUCGCCGAGCUUCGCGCUAACUCCAGCUCUUCCGAUCCACGCAAGCGAGAGGGCGUUUGCCUCAUGCUCAGCGAGCUAAUGUUGAGUACAACGGAUAACCAGCGGGAAGGGCAGGAGGACGAGAUCAUCGCAAUGGUUCGUGCAUCUCUGGUAGACGACGAAGGCGACGUCCGUGCGGCCGCAGCCAAGGCAUUCGAUACAUUACAAGAGCACAUCGGUGCCAGGGCGAUUGAUGAGACAAUUCCAACCCUCUUGGAGGCGCUGCGACAACCUGGUCAAAGCUCUGGAACGGCGCUGCAAGCACUCAAGGAAGUUAUGGCAGUCCGCGCGUACACAGUCUUCCCUAUUCUUAUCCCUACCCUCACCGCAAUCCCCAUGUCAGCAUUCAACGCACGUGCACUCGCAUCUCUGGUGUCCGUGGCGGGCGCGGCUCUCAGUAGACGUCUCACGGUGAUUCUUAGUGCUCUUGUUAAGAUGCACGAAGGCACAGAGGUUCAAGGAGACGAAGAGCUGAAAGAAGCUGUCAAUGAGGCCAUCCGUUCCCUGAUGUCGUCUAUUUCUGACGCUGAAGGCCUCAAUACCCUUAUGCUCCUUCUAUUGGAGUGGGCCAAGCACGACUCUGUGAAGCGGCGUGUCAGCAGUUGUGAACUCUUCGCCAUCUUCUGUGACGAGUCGGAACUUGAUUAUUCUCUAUAUCGAGUCGACUGGAUUCGCCAGCUUGUCUCGCUCCUUGAUGACAGGGAAAUCCCCGUACAUACUGCCGCUUGGCAUGCGCUAGAUGUCUUCGUCAAGUCAGUACCCAAGGACGAGCUCGAACCUCUCGUGGUUCCUCUUCGUCGUACUAUCGAGAGCAUGGGUGCCCCUGGAACUUGUGUACCAGGUUUCAGCUUGCCUAAGGGUGUCUCUCCCAUGGUCCCCAUCAUCAUUGCCGGUCUCACCACUGGUAGUAACGAGCAGCGCGAGCAGGCAGCGUAUGCUAUUGGCGACCUUGUGGAGCGUACCGAACAGUCCGCUAUCAAGCCCUUCGUCGUGCCGUUCACUGGACCACUCAUCCGUGUCGCUACUCAGGCAACAACAUAUCCACCAGCAGUCAAGAACGCCAUUCUCAGUGCCCUAACUACAAUGUUGGAGCGCAUCCCGAUCUACGUUAAACCCUUCUUCCCGCAGCUUCAAAGAACCUUCGUCAAGAGUGCCAGCGACCCCGCGAGCUUGGCCGUCCGGAGAAGGGCGGCGCAAGCACUAGGAGUACUCAUGAAGAAUCAGCCUCGCGUGGACCCCGUCGUUAUCGAGCUCGUGACCGGUGCAAAGAGCAACGAAGAUGAUAUUGCGGCAAGCCUGCUGUUUGCCCUUGCACGCGUUAUCCGCAGCGCAGGCAAUAACGUUGGAGAAAGGGCACGCGAAGCAUGCGCGGAGCUUGUUUCGGAAGCCUUCAAGGAGCAGCGUGAAGACUCGUAUCACCGCUCCGUCGCUGCCUUGUUCGCAUCACUCUCAAUCUUUGAUGACCUUGUCAAGCCUAUCGUUUCUACCAAUUUGGUCGCUGGCACCCCACAGUCCGUGCUGGCCUCCCACUGUAUCCUGGCUGUCGUUGCCCCCGAUGAGGAAGACGAUCUGGUCGAGGGGCCCAAUGUCUUCCAAAGGCUCGGUGUGCUGCGUAAGGUAGCACAGAAAGCGCAAGAGAGUGCUGCAAACGAAAAGUCGUCCAUCUCACGUCCGGCUCGCGAAGCCCGGGACGCUCUCAAGGCUUCGGGUGACGAUGCCUUGCAAGGACUGUUCUAG